ACCCGGGGCUCCGGCGCGCACUCGGCGGCCAAGCGAUAUUAAAAUGUCUGAUGAUGCCAAUGACAUCAUAGCCAAUGAAGUCAGAGAAGAUGCUGCGGGGAUGCCCCGGGGUGACUCCCCAGCUGAAGAUGGAGAAGUGCGGUGUGGUCCAGCUACGACUUCAGAUGAGCCAGUGCCAGCUGACCACACUGGAGAGCAGCACGAGACCACAGCUGCAUGUGCAGAGACUGCCCCUACAGGGCUUCUAAAGCAGGCCAAGAUCAGUGAUGCCGAGGAGGCCCCCCUCAAUGGAGAAGUGACCGAGGAUAUGCUGGCUGAGUGCAUUGAUUCUGUCAGCCUCGAGGGAGAUACUGGAUCUGACAUUCCUCUGAAAGAACAGAACGAUGUGGCUGUGGACUCUCCACCACGGGCAGGAGGAUGGGCAGGCUGGGGAUCCUGGGGGAAAUCUCUGCUUUCAUCUGCAUCAGCCACAGUAGGUCAUGGAUUAACAGCAGUCAAAGAAAAGGCUGGGGCAACCCUACGAAUCCACAGUGCCAAUUCCAGGUCUCCUGAAGGGGUCCCAACUGCUGCCGACCAUGGACUCUCUGAAAAUGUGACUCCAGAUCAGGACCCUGCCGGAGGCCCCCACACUUCUCCUCCACCAGGGGCAGCAGGGUCGAGGGGCAUGCUGUCAGCCCUCACCAACGCGGUUCAAAACACUGGCAAAAGUGUCUUAAGCGGAGGUCUGGAUGCUCUGGAAUUCAUUGGAAAGAAAACCAUGAAUGUCCUCGCAGAAAGUGACCCAGGGUUUAAGCGCACCAAGACGCUGAUGGAGAGAACCGUUUCCUUGUCCCAGAUGCUGAGAGAGGCCAAGGAGAAGGAGAAGCAGAGGCUGGCCCAGCAGCUCACAGUGGAGAGGACUGCACACUACGGGUUGCUUUUCGAUGAAUAUCAAGGUUUGUCACACCUGGAAGCCUUGGAAAUUCUGUCCAAUGAGAGUGAGAGCAAGGUUCAGUCAUUCUUAGCAUCGCUGGAUGGAGAGAAGCUAGAACUCUUGAAAAAUGACCUAAUUUCUAUCAAAGACAUCUUUGUAGCCAAAGAAUCAGAGAGUGAAGCAAGUCCAGAAGAACAAGGCCUAGAAGAAAAGGGCGAAGAAUUUGCUAGCAUGCUUACGGAACUCCUGUUCGAAUUACACGUCGCCGCCACACCUGACAAACUCAAUAAGGCCAUGAAGAAAGCUCAUGACUGGGUGGAAGAGGAUCAAAGCCUGGUGUCAAUAGAUGUGACCAAAAGACCAGAGGAAGAAGAGAAGAAGGAAGAAAAGGAAGAGCGAGGCAAAGAACCCGAAGAAGACAGAACGGAGGGAAAAGGAACUAAGACUAUAGAGGAAGUGUACAUGUUAUCCAUUGAAAGUCUGGCUGAAGUAACUGCACGCUGUAUUGAGCAACUUCAUAAAGUUGCAGAGUUAAUUCUUCAUGGACAAGAAGAGGAAAAACCAGCUCAGGACCAAGCAAAAGUUCUGAUAAAAUUGACCACAGCAAUGUGCAAUGAAGUAGCCUCCUUAUCGAAGAAGUUUACAAAUUCUCUAACCACUGUUGGGAGCAACAAGAAGGCUGAAGUCCUUAACCCCAUGAUCAAUAGUGUGUUUUUAGAGGGCCACAAUAGCACCACAUACAUCCAGGACGCCCUCCAGCUGCUGCUCCCGGUAUUGCAGGUCUCCCACAUCCACACCAGCUGUUCGAAGGUGGAAACCCAGCCAGACUCCAGCUAGUUCGUGGGUAGGCCAAGCCUCUUCACUACACACCUUUUAAAGGCGAUGAUCUUCAAAGUCACAGGCAGGACCACUCAUCUGAGGACACUACAAGCAAUUUUGCACACUUUUGCAGAUACAGAGGGUUAACUUUCCCCUUAAUGUAUAUUGUUGUUGUUUUAUCAAUACUUGUAUUUUCUUUAUAUUAACUUAAACUUAUACUUGUUAUAUUGAAAUUUUUCUUUAAUUUUCAGUUCCUUCACAAAUAUGUGUUUUCCUAGUCAAACAUGCUUUAUGUAGAAGUUCAUAGGAAGACCCUAGAUUUUUGUUUGUCUUUGAAAUGUCUACCUUUAAAUGCCCUAUUUUUCUAAAACAUGCCUUUAAGUCAGUUCUUAUACUGAACUUCAUUUUGUUGCAUAAAUACCACAAGCAAAAAUAACACUACUUAUUUGGUUUUUUAAAAGGGCAUGAAUAUAUUUUUGUGGUCCUUCGUUUUGUGACAAGAUUUACUGAGCACCUACUAUGUGUAUUCCAUAAAGGAUGUGACCUCGCUCCAAUAGACAUGUUCUGAAAGAUGAUUUAUAAUAACCCUUGACAUAUUCAAAGAUAUUAAGAUGUUUUCUAAACCUUAAAAUACUUGAAGAACCAAGUAAACUGGUAGUUACUUAAAAUGUGCUACCCUUCAAUUUAUUACAGUUUUUCAACCUCUUUGAACUUCUUUUAAAUACCAAAAUUACCUGUAGGGUAAAAAUAUGUAUGAAAAGAUAUUUAUUUUUGAGACAGGAUCUCACUAUGUAGAUGGCUAGCCAGGAACUCUUUAUGUAGACCAGGCUGGCCUCAGAUUCACUAGGAUCUGCCAGCCUCUGCCUCCCAGGUACUGGGGUUAAAGGUGUGCACAACCACACCUGCCUGGCCUGAAGACGUAUUUUAGUUUAGGGUAUGCGGUGGCAAAAUUAGAAAGCUUGAAUGUAUUUCAGUAGAAAAUUAAAGCGGUUUUAGCAUAGUAGAAGCCCAGACCUGCAUUCCAAAACUACCCACUAAAACUGUGGUGGCAAGGGUAGAAAAUACCGAUGUGUGCUGGUAUAUUGGUUCAGGGAGAUGCCUCGAAGAUCUUGCAGCCAGCAGUAGCAAUGCCGCACCUGUUCUUGGCAGGUUGGGAGUCUGUGGCAUGCUUCUGUUCCAGACCCUCACUGACAUUCAUACCAGCAGUGUCCAAAAUAGUCAUGCCCAGUGGCUCUCCCAAGCAAAUGAUGCGUGGAGUCUCAAAAGGGAGAAAGUCCCUUUGCCUUUCUUUCUGUGAUAGAAUCAACUCUCCCUGUUCCCUACAGGUCAAGUCUGAAGUCUCUGCAGCAUUUUUGUGUGUCCCUAUUUUGUUUCUCAGCUGUUUGUCACCUGAAACAACCAAAUAAAAACGGAAGGACAAUUUAUUUGCGACCUAGAAAAAAUAAAGUUCUCUUA